CUUCACGAUCGAUCAGUUCAAAGCAAUUGGCUCGCAGGGGGAUUUAGUGUGGCGAUGUUUUUCCCUGAUUGGCUCCUUACAUCUCAGUGAACCUGUGUUAGAUAAGCGCAAACGUUUUGAAAUUCAUCUGGAAACUGUCGUGGAUAACGCACUUUGCUUGGCUAGUAAAGGUUAUGUAGGCUGAAGUUGCAGUAGGCUAUUGUGUUGCUAUUGGUCGUGCCAAUCAUGCGAAACAGCAACACGUUUAGGCGUUCCUCGGUGUUCGCCGCGGAAAAAGAGCUCGUCUCCCAGUCAAAAGAGCUUUGUAGAGACUUCAUUCACUCCAGAAUUAUAAGAGAAGGACUCAGCUGGUCAAAAGUUGAACCGGAUCUGCCUGCGCCACACGGAACUCUUGAAGAUGUAUCUUCGGUUCUUCGUAAAUUAGGUGAUGAGCUGGAGUACAUGCGGCCCUAUGUGUAUCGUAAUAUUGCAAAGCAGCUGAACAUUAGUGUAGCAGUGGAGGCAGUGGUGUCGGAAGCAUUUCUCUCUGUAGCAACAGAGAUCCUAUCCAUGGGGAUCACAUGGGGGAAAGUGGUGGCUAUUUACGCUGUAGCUGCUGGCCUGUCUGUGGACUGUGUGCGACAGGGCCAUCCAGUCAUGGUGCACACCAUAGUGGACAGUCUGGGAGAGUUUGUGCAUAGAAGCCUGGUGCCAUGGCUCAAAAAGAGAGGAGGAUGGGGGGACAUUUCAAAAUGUGUGGUGAACAUGGACUCUAGUGCUCAUGCUCGUGCUCAUUGGUUAUCAGCAGCUGUAUUAACAUGGAGGCAGAUCUUAAAGACUAUGUACAUCUACUUGACGAAGUAGCCUUGUGAAGAGAAUUAUGAAGAACUAUUUGAAUGAUCCAUUGUACUGUUUGUGGAGUCCUGGCAAGCAAAUAAUACUUAAUACUUUAUCCAGGUUCAUUUGCACCUUAAUCAAAUUUGACCUUUAUCAUAAAAACAUACUAUGCAUAGACUGCUAUGACCCAAAAGUCUGGAAGCAGAUUGCACUGCUAUGUUUAGUGUUGGAGCCACAAUGUCUUUCCUCUGUUUGUCUUUGAAAUAAGGUAUGAAGUUAAUGUAGCUCCUUUUGUGCUGAUGAUGUGUUGUUUUAUACUGAAUGACUGUGAUGUUGAGUGAAACAAUGUAAGAUCUGACUCUGUUUGACAAACAAUUGUCAUAUUUGUAUUUUUACAAAAUUGCUUACAUUAUGUUUAGAGUGUCACUUUGCACUUUGAGUAAUCAUGGUUUGCGUGGUGUGU